AUGGCAGAAGAAGAAUUAGAAACUAUAGUUAGAGUAUCUACAAGUAAUACUUCUAAUAAUACUCUUAAUACAAUUUCAGCAAUGAAUGCAUUAUCAGCUAUUCCUGAAUAUGUUUUAAGUGCCACCACCCUUUUUACCACCAUCAUUGGAUCCAUCUUAUCAAUGCAUAAUGAAGAAUUAAUGAUUAGAAUUAUUGAUUCAAUGGAAUUGGAUAAAUAUCAUUCAUUACAUGAAAGAGUUUCAAGUGAAGCUGAAACUGUAUUAAGAUAUAUUAAAAAGAUUAUUACACGAGGUGGAGUAUUAUAUGAUAAAUUAGUUGUACAUUCAAAUCGAUUAGUGGAAGCUAUUAAUUUGUUUGCAACUUUUGUUCAAUCGAAAUUACCAGUUAUGAUUCAUGAAGAAUUAACACUUCCCAUGGAGAAACCUUAUCAAAAUACGAGUAAUUCAUGUAGUACUUUAAAUACUUCAAAUACUCCCAAAACCCCAAUUACUCCAAUUACUCCAAUUACUCCAAAUACUCCAAAAAUUCCCAAAACUCCUACACCUCGUAAAAAACUUUCUCAUUCUAGAAUAAAAUCAUAUUUUCUAAAACAUCUUAAUAUUAAUCUUUCUCAUCUUUCAAAUCUUUCCCAUUUUUCAAAUGAUCAUUCGACAUUCAAUACCAAUAUUACAUCAAGAAAUGGAGGAAUAACAAAUUAUUGGCCAGUAACUGAUGAUGCUUCAAUAAUGAUUGAUGAAUCUAAUAGAACAAGUAAUUCUUUUUCAUUGGAAAAAGAAUUAGCUCAAAUAGCAGAAGACAAACCAAUAGAUUCUAUUUCACAUCCAAUCUCACAUUUAAAUAACAACAAUACUGUUUAUAGUCAAGAUGGAUUAUUAACCGAAAUUGCCGAUGGAAGUCCCAAAAUUUUGGCGGGAACUCUCGAUAAAUUAAUACUUCGAUUAGCAGAUGAAAAUGAACAAGAUAACGAAUUUAUCGAUUGUUUUGUUUUGAAUCAUGUGUUUUUCAUAAGUUCAAAAGUAUUAUUGGAGAAUAUGAUCUCGAGAUUCAAUGAAUACAGAUCAAUGACGACGACAAAUAAAGGAUUAUCAAUCCGAAAAAAUAACAACACUUCCUCCAUACAAGAACAACAAAAACAACAAAAACAACAACAAAGUCAACAACAAAGUCAACAACAAAGUCAACAACAAAGUCAACAACAAAGUCAACAGCAAAGUCAACAGCAAAGCCAGCAGCAAAGUCAACAACCAAUUCAACAACAACAACAACAACAACGUUUAAUUUCAAAUCAAAAACAUUAUUAUUUAUCCAAAAAAUCAUUAUCACUGUCAUCAUCAACAACAUUAAAUGAAACUUCCCCAUUAUUAGAAUUUGAAGCCAAAAAUAUUGCAAAAUAUUUAACCCUCAUGGAUUUUUAUGCAUUAAAAUCUAUAACAUUUUUUGAUUUCAUUACGGUCUGGUGGCGUAAGAGACAAGCAUUUGAAACUGGGGGAAGUCCAAAUGCCGCACUUAAAGAUCAUCAAUUAUUUGGAUUAGAGGAGGAAAGUAAAUUGGAUACAUUUACUAGAAGAUCUAAUAUGUUAAGUCAUUGGAUAGCACAUGAAGUGUGUAGUUUAAAAACGGUUAAAGAUAGACGUUUGAUUCUUCAAAAAUUCAUCGAAACUGCCAAGGUUACAAUGUUUAUUGCGUUGGCCUUAAAUUCACGACCAGUACGUCGACUUGAAAAAACUUGGGAAACAUUAUCACAUCAAGCACUCUUGAAUCUUCAAUUUAUCGAAGAACUUAUUGAUUCUUCAGGAAAUAUGCGAAAAUAUCGAAAUACUUUGGCGCAGGCGACACCUCCGAUAGUUCCAUUUUUUGAAACACCAAAUAUUUCACAAUCAUUAAUAAAUUUUGAUAAAUUUCGUCUACUCACUAAAAAUGUUUAUACGAUCGCACGAUAUACAGCUAAAUCUUAUUCAUUCGAAAAUUAUAUUGGAGAAGUUAUAGAGAAAAGAUUAUUUGAAGCAGCGGGUGCAAUGUUUGGAGGCAACGUGGCAUCGAUCGCAAUGUCUGAUGGAGCCGCUGCUCAUAGGCGUCAAAAAACUGAUCCGGCAGUAGCUCGUCUUAUUGAAAAAGCUGAUCAACUACAUAAAGAACGUACGCAAAGAAAUCUUCGCGAAGAUCUUACCGAAGAUCUUAUCGAGGAUGAGGAUGAAGUAAACGAUGAAGUACUUGAACCUGCUCCAAUUCCCGAAGGUAGAGAUCGUCGACCCGUCGUGAAAAAUUCUUUACGUCGAAGUGUAUUAUUUUCUUCAUCAUUUAAUUAUUCAUUACCCCCAGCUGAGGAGGAUGAUAUUGACGAAAUUUGCGGUGAUGUCCCUUUACCAGAAGAAAUAGUUGUCAAAGUUCCUCCGAAAACUUCCACCGAUAUCGAGGAAGAAGUAACCAUUCAACCAAAACAUGGUAAAGAAUCAACCGAAGAUAUAUAUCGUUCGUUUGCAGAAUCACUUCUUGAACAAGGAUUAACGACAGAAGCUUCUUUGGAGCUUUCGUUUGAUUUGAAACCUGAAGAUAUUAAAGCUCCAGAAAGUAACGAUGAAGAGGUUUCAAAAAUUGAAGAUUCAGAUGAUGGAUUUGAACAUAUCGAAAAAGGUAGUAGUUCAACAGGUUAUAUUCAUAACUUUGCUGUUCUUUACCUUUUCCAUGAUUUUUCAGAGUUUCAGGUAGUUGUUCAGCAAGUUAUUUAUAACCUUGCUAUCUAG